AUGUCGACGUCGACAACGAGCGCCAAAGGCAGCAUCCUUGUUACGGGAGCCAACGGAGGACUGGGCUCAGCCAUCGCCGCUGGCCUUGCCGAGUCCCAGGCAUGGGGUGCCGGCUACCACGGCCUUUACGGCGUGCGCAACGCGGCGACGGCGACAGCCCUUCAUCGCUCCCUCUCGCGCGCUGCCUCUCUCUCGCACCAGCACGACGUAAUCGACCUGGACCUCUCACGCCUCGACAGCGUCCGGCAGGCUGCCGCAGACAUCAACAGGCGCGUGGCUGAGGGCUCGCUACCUCGGCUGCGCGCCCUCAUCCUCAACGCUGCGUACAUGGAGGGUGCUGAGCAGUGCUUUACGCCCGACGGCUUCGACAUGAGCUGGCAGGUCAACUACCUAGCCCACUUCGUGCUGACCCUGCUACUGCUGCAGAGCAUGGACAAGGAGCACGGCAGGGUGAUUGUUAUAGGGAGCUAUGGCCACAACCCUCUCGACAAGCGCAAUGCUGGAUUCUCGUGGUAUGCCGGAGACGAGUGGAAGUCCCUCUACCAUAACACAGAGAGCCUGGCCAGGGGCACAUGGAGCUCGUCCAAAGACUACCCCACUGCCGACGCCGGGAUCCGGCGUUACGGGGCUGGUAAACUCUGCCUGAUCAUGAUGAUGCAUGAACUCCAGUCCCGCCUGGCCGAUGACCCGGCCCUCUCCAACAUCUGUGCUCUGGCUGUCGACCCCGGCGGCAUGGGGUCGUCCCUGUUCCGGCGUAGCAACUUCUUGUUGCGUGUCAUUGCGCCGCCACUGCUGCCGCUCGCUGCUACCGUCAUGUCCCUUUUCGCCGAAAAUCCUCAACUGAGACUCACACAGAGAUCGGCCGGCGACGUCCUCCGCGCCGUGUUCGAUACCCAGGUGCUGGGAGAGUACCCGCGUGGUGUGUAUCUCGACGGUAGGGCGUCGGCGUCGACAAGUGAGGAAUCGCAGGACAUGGAGAAGAGGACGUCGCUGUGGUCUGAUUCGGUGCGCCUGACGAAUAUUUCCGACUCUGACACUGCACUGGCAAGGUGGCAGUGA